GCGGGAAGACAAACUGGUCGCAGGGAUGCCAACUGUAAUUAGGUUUGCUUCGAGGGUGUGUUUGCGGUAUGUUUUCGUAUGAUUUCGUAACCUAAAAGACCAUUCGCUGUAUAGCGCAUUUUUUAAGGAAGAGACCGGCAUUCAGAAAAUAGAAGAAAAAUCUUCCGCGCGAACACUCGGUGUACAUCUCGAGUUCUCGCGACUCGGCUUCGAAUGCAGCUGGCUUCGGACGGCUAACGCGAGCCACAGGUAUGAUUUGAGCGGCGAAUUAAGAUGAUACUGAGAAAUUUCUCAUUCACGCAAUGGGUUCUGGUGCUGAUCUUCGUCGUUGUGAUAGUCUAUCUGCGGCUGCAAUUGAGCGAGCUGGAAGAGAACUACAGAUCGCUCCAUGCCAUCGUGCAGGCACAAAUCGACGCUAGAAACGAUGACGGACGCGUCGAGGCGCGAGGAAAUAGCGAAGAUGAUCUGGAGGACAUUGUUGUGAUAUACAACAGAGUGCCGAAGACAGCGUCCACUAGUUUCGUUGGAUUAGUUUACGAUCUCUGCAAGCAGAACAAAUACCAUGUGCUGCACAUUAAUGUGACCAAUAAUAUGCACACCCUUACUUUCGCUAAUCAGGUUCAAUUUGCAAAUAAUAUUUCAAAUUGGAAUAUUAUAAAACCAGCAUUUUACCAUGGACACGUGGCAUUUUUGAAUUUUGAAAAAUUUGGUACGAAACGUAUGCCUUUGUAUAUAAAUUUAUUAAGGAAACCUUUAGACAGAUUUAUAUCAUAUUAUUACUUUUUAAGAUAUGGAGAUAAUUUUAGACCUCAUGUUAUAAGGAAGAAACAUGGAGAUACAAAGACAUUUGACGAAUGCAUAAGUAUUGGUCAACCAGACUGUGAUCCCAACAAUAUGUGGCUACAGAUUCCAUUUUUAUGUGGCCAUGAUCCAGCUUGCUGGGAGAUUGGCAAUAGCUGGGCGUUAGAAGAAGCUAAACGGAAUUUACAAAAACAUUAUUUCUUGGUUGGAGUGACGGAGGAGUUAAAUGAAUUCGUAGAAGUGUUAGAGAAUGUACUUCCAAGGUUUUUCAAAGGAGCAUACAAUUUCUUUUUACAUAAUAAUAAGUCACAUUUACGACAAACUACGCAAAAGCUCGAUCCAUUACCUGAAACAGUAGAUAAGAUCCAACAAUCGAUCGUGUGGAAGAUGGAAAAUGAAUUUUAUAAUUUCGCUUUGGAACAUUUUCACGCUGAGAAAAGACGACUCAUAAAUGCUUCCCCUCAAGAUGCAAAUCAGCGUUUUAUGUAUGAAAAGAUACGGCCAAAGUAAACUAGUUUUUUACAUAGGACUUUACUUGCUUGAGUAAUACAACGCAAUCAAAUGUCAGAUCUGUAUUUAUUGUAAUUAUAAACAAAAGAAUUUUUGUACAAAAUGAA